AUGCUGAUCACUGCGCGCACCUAUUCGGCCUCCCAGACCCCAGACCAAGGUGCAGCACAGCCUAGCAAUCAAAGGUCGCGUUUUCAUACCUUCUCCGGCUGGGAAACAAUUCCGGUGGAUACAAAGGAACCGACCGACAUGUUGUUAAUCCAUCAAGUUGGUAGUGUCCGUGUUGGGGAAGUCGUUAGAUACACGGUUACGUACACUCCGGCGGCCGACCCGAUCCUGCCCAUCCCUUCAAAUCUCUACGUGAGGGUGAAGAACACAUCUGCCAUCCCACUGCGCGCCGCAUACCUCCAUGGCCCGUACACGCUAUACGCCGCGUGCUAUCCCACAAAGUUCGACCCCAACACCAAAUAUGAGCGACAGGAUCUGGAGGGUACACCGCAGUUUGAGCCCUACCUUAAGGCCGGAGGUGGUUGGGACGCCGUCAUCAAGGUGCCGGCUAACCUCCAGGAAGCACACGACUUUGGCUCUCCGGGUCAAGGUGGACCGGCAAGUGGACAUAGCGUUAGCUGGAUUGUUGAGAUUCAAUCGCAGGUGAUAUUCUCAAGUAGUGCAGCGGUGCAUUUUGAGCUUCUUGUGGGUCGUGAUGAAAAGUCGCUGGCAUAUUCCUCGGGCGGUACAUGGAGUAGUGGAAAUAGCUCUCCAGGGCCUCCGGCAAAGUUACAAGACCAUUGGCUGCCUGGAACUAGAGGUAGUCAGGUGCUUGCCUCGAAAGGCGUGUACUCAAAAUCAAUCGCUCUUCAAGUUGACGAUACAACUAGUCUAUGGAGCAGUCCGCCAUUCCCCUCAGCGAAGCCUGCUUCCAAAAGCGUUGAACGGAAGAGUCAUGACUCGCAACCCGUGUGUGAUAAUCCAGUACCGGAGGAGUCUACGGAAGCUCCGAUGAAAAGCGCCAAAAAGAAGAAGGUGCAUCUCGUGUUACUGACACAUGGGUUGCACAGCAACCUCGGUGCAGACAUGCUCUAUUUGAAGGAGAGCAUUGACACAGGCAUGAGAAAUUCCAAGAAGAAUAAACGUCAAGCCAGAGAUCCCCAUGCUAGCCCUGUUGUAGACCGAGAAAACCCGACAAGUAAAUCCAGUCAUACUGAAGAGCAAAAUAGCCAGUCUGGUGAUAACUCCGACGAUGACGAUGAAGAGCAAGUCAUUGUUAGAGGGUUCUCUGGCAAUGCUGUUCGGACUGAGCGUGGGAUUCAAUACCUCGGCAAACGGCUGGCCAAAUAUGUCCUGCUUCUCACAUAUCCCGAUCAACCCUAUUUCCCUCUCAGAGGCUCAAAGCCGAGCCCAUUUGCCCGGCCUUUUAGUGCUCGCAAGGAGCGAGCUGAACCAUUUUCUCAUUCGGCUGAAUCAACCCCUCAAGAAAAUGCCCAUGAAUUUCAAGAUGAAGACCAUGCUUACCAGAUUACAAGCAUUAGUUUCAUUGCCCAUUCUCUUGGCGGGCUGAUUCAGACAUAUGCAAUCGCAUAUAUCCAGAAGCACUCGCCUCAGUUCUUUGAGCAAAUCAGACCCGUUAACUUUAUUGCCCUUGCAACCCCUUUUCUUGGUCUCAGCAAUGAGAAUCCAAUGUAUGUUCGAUUUGCAUUGGAUCUAGGUCUAGUUGGUCGUACCGGCCAAGAUCUCGGGUUGAGUUGGACGGCACCGAAAGUUCGAAGUGGCUGGGGUGCCAUUAUUGCUGGAAGAGGAGAGUCUGCAAAAGACCCCGGCCAUUCAGAUCCUGGCUCCAAGCCACUUCUUCGGAUUCUUCCUUGUGGUCCUGCCUACGAGGUUCUUAAGAAAUUCCAGCACCGCACAGUCUAUUCGAAUGUGGUGAAUGAUGGGAUUGUUCCUUUGCGGACGUCUUCUCUUUUGUUCUUGGACUGGAAAGGUUUGGAUCGAGUUGAAAAAGCGAGGAGGGACAAUGGACUUGUUGGAACCAUGGCCGAAUGGGGGUGGGCAGAGUUGACAGGCGCCAACUCGAAAUCCCCGCGACUUGCUCGCCACGAUGGAGAGUUGCCUUUGAAUCUCCCAAUGGAGGCCGGUCAUCAUCAUGCAUAUUCUGCGACCAAGGUUCCCCCAAGGCCCAAAGACGAUGUCUCUGACGAAGAUACAAUCUCCCCGAGGCCGGCACAAUUCCUGGCACCAUCCAGUCAUGUGUCCAGCAACAAAGUUUCAGAGGAAGGUGUUCUGAAAGAAAACAUCCCUGGAAAUACCUCUCACAGUCCCAUGGACAGCUUUUUUUCUCUGUUUCGCCCAACUCAGAACAAGAAUCCCCCCAAUAGCAAGAAUGCUAGAAUUUAUAAGCGUAGCCAGACCCUGAGCACUUUUGAGACUGGCGACAGCGAUAGCACAAUGCCCAUUAAUCAUGACCAUGACCACGAAGGAAUGCACACCCCUCCAAAGACAACAUUUUUCGAGUGUGCUGGAGACUUGUUGAUGCCGCCUUUACCACCCGCGGAAUUCAUUUCAGACCCUGCCUCACGACCCCGGACAAUCUUCCACGACCGCAUCUACCACCCAGAGGAUAUACCACCCCCUUUACCGGUAAAACGACGCAUAUUGGCAUUUGGUUCGCCACAGGGCAAGCAAUCAAACUCUCAGAAUCCGCCUGCAGAUAAAGAAAGCGGCCUCAAGGUCGAAGAAAAAAUCGCGAGAGCCUAUCACCGUGAUCUGACUUGGCGUAAGGUUCUUGUCCGACUUGAGCCUGAUGCCCACAAUAACAUUAUUGUGCGGCGCAUGUUCACCAAUGCCUAUGGCUGGCCUGUUGUGAAGCACUUGGUUGAUACACACUUCAGCCACACUCUCACUGCGGAAACCGACGAUUCUCUGAAGCAAAAUAUGGAGAUGGCCAAGUCUCCAAAUGUUGGUCCGACUAGCUCUGGUGACGAGGUUGAAGGGCAGUCCGAUCCUGUCGAUCCAAAGUCAAUAAGAGAUACAGACAAUUUGCCAAAUGUAUCCGAUCUCCAUAUAUCGAAAGAUGGAUCUUCUGGCCCAAGUGAUAUCUCAAGGGCCGAAGAUGAAUCGCACAUAGGCACCCGUGACAGAAAUCUUGUAUCGAGUCAGGAUUCAGCACGAUGGACUGAUCGUGAAGUUGUCGAGGAUGACAGCGAGUCCGGCUUCGAAGUGAAGACCAACGCUGGUUUCCGUCACAUAUAG